GCAUGAGGCACAGUACUCGCAGGCAAGGGUGAGACGGCAGAAAGGCAGCCUGGCGGUUACCUGCGGCGGGGUCUGGUAUAAUAAAAUGAUGGAGGACGACAGUGUUAGGGUCCAUGUGUCGCUCUUUCCUACUUGGACAUAUUGCACGUUGAAUUGAUCGACAUUUAGAGCUUUACCUGCAGCGUCUUCUUCUCCCCAAAUUGAGAACCACACCCACUUACAUUGGUUGUACACCCAGUACGCUAUAAUUCGACGCACAAUCCGUCGCCACACUUCUUCGAAUCGGCGUCUUUCUUUCCUCGCACUCGAUUAUGUCGCUCUCGGCGCCCUACACCAAUGCCAUGCGCAUUGGGCAAGGCUUCAACACGUAUACCCAAGAGAUCCGUCUCGAAAAUGCGGUCGUCGUGGGAAAAUCAAAUCCUGUAAAGAAAGUCAGCCGCGACCUCCCACUCCCUUCGAGUGGAGCGAUCCCUCUGUCGCCACCAGUAACUCCAGAUGCGUCCGUCACCGCACAUACACUCAGCGAGGUUCCCGCCGUGGUAAUCAACGGAGUCCAGCAGCCAGAAUCACACGAGAUACCCAGAGCAGCGACGCCUUCUCCACCACCCACGCCUGAUUUAGGUAGUGCAUUAGACGUAGUCACUGCCCCUACCGGGGAGCUACCGUUCGAGAUUCCAGCUGGACCGGCGCCAAAGACAAGCCAGAGCGUCACCUACUCUACCCGCGCGAUCGAGAAUGUGAGCGAUAUUAUGGACGCGUUGAACAUCUCGACGUCGAUGAGCAUCAAAUACGGUACCAUCCACGGCAACGGCAACGCGUCCUUCGUGAACGAGAACAAAGUCCUCGACAGCGAGCUGAACUACGUCGUCAGUGUGAUGGUCAACAACGACGCGCAGUCACCGAUAGAGGAUAUGGAAUUCCAGGAUAUACCCGGGCUACCGUUGAACCGCUUUACUGAAGUAUAUGGCGACUCAUUUAUAUCGGGGUUCACUGAAGGCGGAGAGUUCAAUGCUGUUAUCUCCAUCAAGUUGAAUGACAAGAGCAAGUACCGUUCGGUUAAGCAAGCCGUCGACGUGCAGCUCGCUGUCGGUCCCCCUACGCUCGAGAUUGGCGCCAGCGAAGCCAUUGCAAAGGAACAUAGUGAAGCGCUAAAGAAUACUGAGAUCUCCAUAUCCGUGAACUGGGUUGGCGGUGGCGAAAUCAAGAAGCCCACCGUACCAUGGACGAUCCAGAGCGUCGUGGCCGUUGCCAAUGCCUUCCCCUCUAUGGUUGCGCGCUCGAGUGCCCGCACUCAAGCUAUACUUACCCGCUACACAUCCUUGAGAUCGUUCCAGACUUGGAAAUGGACCAGGUUGAUAGAAGAGAGAAGAAUCUGGGACAGUGAUCCGAGGAACCAGAAGGGUGGUGAGAAUAACAAAAGUGGGAAGGAGCUGUAUGAGGAGCCGGUCAUCGUCCUGAACUACGUGCCUUGCGCGAUCUAUACAGCAGAGCUGUUUGAUGCACUUAUGAUCUACAAGAAGCUGUGGAAGAAAAUCGGGGAGAUGCUGCAGAAUCCGUCGCAGUACAAGAUGAAGAAGGUACCGAGAACACUUAGGAGAGUCCCGUCUAGGGCAGAAACCUCUCGCCCCUUCUGACUAGGGAUGCGUCGAAGCAGGCCCUCCUCGUCAGUCCUGUCGCUAGCGAUGAUUCGCCCUGCCAGAACAAGAGCCAGGAUGCGCUGGGGAUGGAGCGUGCCUUCACCUUCGCCGUCGAGGAAGGCCAUACCGGCUGGAAUCUUCUGGAAAAUAACGCACGUCAAGAUCCGAUCCCGCCUGAGCCUCUUGCGCUGAACGAAGCUCGACUGCUAUGCCGAGAAGCGAUGACACUGAUCACGGAAGAAGCGUCUCGACUGGUGGACCACCCUCAUCUAGCGUAUGCG